AUGGCUCCUGUUCUCUACGGAAGUGUAGGCUAUAUCUGCACCAACCGCGUCCUUCUUGCCGCCGCUGAACUGGGCGAAGAGCUGGAGUUUGUCCACGUCGAUACAAUGAAGGGGGAGCACAAGACUGCCGAGUAUCUCAAGAUUCAUCCCUGGGGUAGAAUUCCAACCCUGAAGAAUGGAGACUUCACGAUGUACGAGUCGCGAGCUAUUUCGCGCUACUUAGCUUGCAGCGUGUUCCCUGAAAAGGGGAAGAGCCUCGUUCCUUCGCCAGAUGUCGACCCUGAAGCCUUCGCCUUGUUUGAACAGGCCGCCAGCGUCGAGAUGGCGUACAUCAACCCAUUUUUGGAAGGCCUGGUUACGGAGAAGUACUUCGUGCCUACUCUCGGGGGAAAACUCAACCCAGUUAAAAUCGCCGAGCAGAGAAAGAACCUGGAUGACAACUUGAAGGUUCUGGAUGGUAUCCUCGCCACUCGCCAAUAUGUUGCUGGCAAUGAGUUCACCUUGGCCGAUGUCUUCUAUGUCCCUUUCAUUUUCAUGCUGGGCAGUAAGGAGGUCGGUGAGUUCGACUUGAUCACUUCUCGCCCCAACAUUAGUGCCUGGUGGGAGCGCAUCACCAGCCGCCCAGCUUUCAAGAAGGUAUAUAGCUCUUGA